AUAUAUCUUCAUAUUUCUUUCAGGUGCUACAUGCAAAAAGAAGAAACUCAAGAAGAAAAUGAAGAAAAGAAACUCGAGAAAGGACUCCAUUGAAGGAAUCAAAAGUUUAAGGGUGAAAUUCAUCAAAUUUGCAAAUCCAACACCAACCCAUUCCAGUUGAGCCCAUUAUUCAAACCCAAAACUCAAAACCCAAAAAAACCCGAGCCCACCAUUACCCAAAAAUCACAAAAACAAAAAACCCAAGACCCAAACACAAAAAAAAAAAAAAAAAGAAAAAAGAAAAAAAAAAUGAGGUUAAAAUCUUUUUGCUCUCCAGAAUCUUCUCUUCCAGAACCAGCUUCCUCCCCCCUUGCGUGCUGCACCCGAGCCUGCGCCCUGCUGCACCCUACUGCGCCCCCUGUUUGCACUGCUGUACCCCCCUACUUACUGCAAUCGCCUGUGUCCUGCUUGUUGCGCCAAUCCCGCGCCUCUGCACUCCUGCUUGCUACAGCCCUGUCCUUGCCUCACGUACAGAAAAAAAAAGCGCCAGACAAAAUCGGCAUCAUCUUCGUCCUCUGCUUUUGCUGCAGAGAUCAGUGAUUGACGAAGAAGUUUUUAUUUUAUUUUAUUUUAUUUUAUUAUUUGGGUAUCUAUAUAGGAAAAAAUCAGAUCAAAUGGAGGGGUCUUUGGUUGAUUUUCGAGUUUGAUUUGGAAGUCUCCAUCUACUUUGAGAGUAGUAGAGGGAGACUUCGAGGAGGAGAAAGGGGGAUUUUUGCUUGAUUGAGUGUGGUGUUGACGGUGGAGAAGAGGAAAGUGGGUUUUUUUUUACUGGAAGGAGACUGUUUGAGAAAGGAGAUUGUCAAGUUGCAAGAGGGAUUUCAUGUUUGGUUCCCAUUGUUAGGUAUAGCUCUGAACGUAGGAUUUUUUCAUUACAAUUUCACCCAAAGCUUUUAUAAUUAAGCGUUUAGUCUACGGGUCUCAACUCUUUUCAAAUCAGUUCUCCAUAUUUUAAAUGAUACUGGACUAAAAAAGAUAAAAUUGUUAAAUGUGUUUUUGGGCCUGCGAGGAGUAGAUUGAUGAUGGAGUCAGGUCGACCAUCGAGGAGCAAUUCGCUACUUCACCGACGGCAAGGGCCAAGUCCUGAGCGACGAGCAACGCGCUAAGGAGACCGUCGUCUACAUUAAGGUCUGUGAUUUUCUGCAAAAAGACUUGGAUGAAGCUUAAAAUCACUGAGAUCAGUGAUAUGGAUUUCGAUCAUUCUGUUUCCUUUUAUUUUAAUGUCUACAGUUUCUUGCCAUGGAGGUUGAGUUAUUGCAAAAAUAAAUAAUUAAAUCUUUUAGGAUAAGAAAUAAAAUUCAAAUGUUUGGGUGUUUCAAUCUUUCUCUCGUACUUUAAUAUGAAUAAUGAUACGGAGGACGACUUUGAGAGACAAAAUUGGACGGUAACUUACUUGCGUUAUUACUUGGGUUAUUUCUUUAGUUUACACGUAUGUAUGUCUAUGUGGCAAGUGUGUUUGCAUAUGGCAAGUCAGGUAAGUCGUCAUCCAAUUUCGUCUCUUAAGAGUCGUCCUCGUAUCAUUAUUCAGU